AUGUAUAAUGAAAUCUUGUUGCUUCAACUCAAAGAUGAGUUGAUCUUCAAUUCUUCUCUUUCAACAAAACUGGUGCGAUGGAAUGAGAGUGAUCAUGAUUGUUGCAAGUGGUACGGUGUGGAAUGUGAUGCUUCUGGCUACGUCGUUAGUUUGCAGCUCGACGAUGAGGCCAUUUCCGGUGGAAUUGGGGAUUUAAAUAUCUGCGGAAGCUUAACCUUGCCUACAAUAAAUUCAACCAUUUUGUCAUUCCAAAAGGUUCCUUCUGAAGUUUCGACCUUGACGAGAUUGGCUAGUCUCGAUAUCUCCAAUGAGCCUAACACUACUCUUAGCCUCGAGCUCCCGAAUCUGAAGAUGCUUGUCCAAAAUUUAACAGGCCUUAGAGAGCUCUAUCUUGAUGAUGUCAAUGGUUCAAUUCCAUCCACCUUUGCUAGCCUAACAAAGCUUAUUCGUGUCGACUUGUCGUAUAACUCCUUGGCAGGCUCACUUCCUUCUGCAUCGUUUGAAGGCCUUUCCAAUCUCGUUCAUCUAAAUCUGUUGGGAAAUUCAUUCUCUGGUAACAUUCCCCAGUCUCUUUUUGCUCUCCCGUCAUUGUUGGAACUUAUUCUUAGUUACAACCAAUUUAAUGGCACUUUUCAACUCGAAGACUUUCAAAGCCUUCCCAAUCUCACAUGGCUUGAUCUACGUUAUUUGGAUCUUAGCUAUAAUGCUUUAGAAGGGAAGAUCACAAAGUCCCUCGAACUUUGCACGUGGUUGGGGUACAUGAAUAUCGGGAACAACAAGAUGAACGACACUUUCCCAUGCAUGCUAUCGUCGAACUUGGGUGUUCUUGUUUGCGCUCCAAUAAAUUCCAUGGGGAAGUAA